AUGUUAUCUGGGGAGGUGUUAUUUGGGGAGGUGUUAUCUGGGGAGGUGUUAUCUGGGGAGGUGUUAUUUGGGGAGAUGUUAUCUGGGGAGGUGUUAUCUGGGGAGGUGUUAUUUGGGGAGGUGUUAUCUGGAGAAGUGUUAUUUGGGGAGGUGUUAUCUGGGGAGGUGUUAUCUGGGGAGGUGUUAUCUGGGGAGGUGUUAUCUGGGGAGGUGUUAUCUGGGGAGGUGUUAUCUGGGGAGGUGUUAUCUGGGGAGAUGCUGAGUGAGACCCAGCUGGGUCGAACCACAUCACUGAAGCGAGUGCUCAAGGAGGUGCGACCACAGGCAGGCGACGACAUGACGUCCAAGCUGCAGCCACUCUCUGCCCUGAUUGGAUCGCUGCUCGCGCAGGCUGAUGCUGUGCUAAGCAGUCGGGUGUUUGUGGGCACGGCAAGGGGCCUGUGGGACCGGCAUGGGAGGGAGGUGCUGCACUUCUUGGAGAAGAGGAGGGAGGGGGUGUCGUGGUUCAAGAGUGCCUCUGCUGCUAUCACACUCGAUACUCUCGAUAACGUGUUCACCCAGCAGAGGCAGCGCUUGCAGGGCCACAUGGUGAUAGAGAGGGACCCUGGUGCACUCGCUUUCCGUGGCCUUCCCACAGCCGCACGCCCCCACUCUCAAACAUCCCGUUCAUGCCACCCUUCCACUUUUCCCCUGCCCUCCCCCCCCCAUCAGACUCUCGAUAACUUGUUCACCCAGCAGAUGCAGCGACUGCAGGGCCACUCUCUCAUGGAGAGGGACCUGGAGCCGCCUCGGGCGAUCUGUGACGCGCGGGGGGUGCUGUCUAAAGGGGGUGCUCCUGCCGCCACUGCCAGAGUGCACGACUCGCUCUCCCUUUACUGA